UGGCAGAAAGGUCAACCUCAAUCGAGAGGGCAGUAGAAAGGGUGGGAUAGAAUCACGUUAAUAUAUUGGGAUUUUCAGCCGAAAUUCAUAGGAGUUGGAAACAAAUAGAAUGGAUAGCAAACUGGUCCAAACCUGAAACCAAUGGGUUUUAAAGGGGGCAGAGGACAACAUCAGAGGAGGUGUUAAAUGGGUAUUGUUCUGGAACCACUGUGCUCUAUUUACAUCAAUAGUAUGGGGUUAGGAAUUGAAACUACAAUCCAAAAUCUGAGGAUGGCACCUAAGUCGAGUUUGGUGGAUUAUGCAGUUAUCACUGAGAAUGACACAAGACGUGGGAAGACUUACAGGAACCUAAGUAAAAUAUAACAUCAUCUUGCAGUUAAGGCUAAUGUACAGUCAGGCUUCUGAAGCAGACUAGAGGGACAACACCUUAGAUUCUGCCUGGGUAAUGUGCAACAUUGAAGUCUCCAAUUUCAGAUAACAGGGUCUGAAGCGGAGCCAUGCCUCUGUUCGGCAAUGUCUUUAGUCCGAAGAAAACACCGCCCAGAAAGUCAGCUUCCCUUUCCAGUUUACAUACGCUGGAUCGUGUGACCCGGGAGGUUGAACUGGGACUGGAUCACGGUGCUCCUGUGAUGAAUAUUGGAGGACAGAGCCUGAAGUUUGACAAUGGGCAGUGGAUAUCAGAGUCUGUGCGUGAUGGUGGGCCACACAAGGAGGUUCAGCGCCUGCGGAAGCGUAACCAGCAGCUGGAGGAGGAGAACAAUCUUCUGCGGCUGAAGAUUGACAUCCUGCUGGACAUGCUCUCUGAAACCACGGCAGAAUCACACCUGAUGGAGAAGGAGCUGGAGGAACUGAAAACUCACAACCGCAAGAGGAAAUGAGGGGAGCUGCAAUGAGACUGCAGACCGAAUGACAAAAGCACUUUGCCUGGGGAGAGAGUCGAGGAAGGACUGCUCGUCAGCACUAGGAAUGGGUUUCCGUGUAUGCCACUGCAUCUGAGUGUCCCCACACAAGGCCCAUCACAUUGUAUCUCCAGUCAGUCUCUCAAAGUGGCACCAUUGUCCAAUAGCCAGAUCCUUCACCCAAUGGGGCAGAGUGAGACUUUGAGAACAUCAGCAACAUUCAGUUUCACAGGCGUCCUUCAUCGUCAGAAACCUCCAGUGGUGUGUGCUUCAGGCACAGGGUACCCCACACAAUCGUCGUUCAACCAUUAUUGGCCUUCAAGCCGAUUUCAUUAACGACAUCUCUGCUGUAAUUAACGGUGAAUCCAUGUGUAGAGACACACACAGACUCACCUUUGCACACAUACACUCACUUUACACUCCAGUGUCUGUCUAGGGAGGUUGUCCAUUGCUAUUUGCCUGAAGUUACAAUGCAUCCAUUCCUGAAUCUCUUCUUGUAAAAGAGAUUGCUGAUCCAGUCCUGUUUAUAUCAGUUAAUCUUCACCCUCAAAGCAGCCCCUCUCAAUUUUCCCCUUAAUGAUAUACUUUCUAUUUUUUUUAUCUAUUGAUUUCAUAAUUUUCUGCAUCAGACUUUGUGAGCCUUAUUUUGGGCCAGCCAGUCCUUCCCAUCCACUUGUGGGGUUUAUACAGCGGUGAUGGCAAAUAGCCGCCCCGAGUACAAAUGGUGCCUUAUGCCUUGCUGCUGCUCUGUGCUAAAUGUUGGAGUGUACUGUACAUUUAUGUUCCUUUGCCCCGCUGGGGUGAAGCAUCUCCCAGUCACUACAUUCACCUCUUCGCUUUCCCAGUUGAAUUUCUGUAACAACGAACAAACUUGCUGCUGAAAAGAGCAGCAUUGUCUUUUUUCCUGUUUACUUUCUUUUGUGAUUUCUCUGUUUUACUCCUUUAUUGGUGCAGAAGGCAUUAACUAUUGUUUUUUUUUUUAAUUUUUGAGUUAAGGUUGAAGCAAUACAUGUGUUUUUAAACCAAAGCCUUAUUUCCAUGUGAUUGUAUUUAUUUCAGAUUUGAAUUAAAAUAUUCCCAAGUGCUUAAAGUCCCAGAGUUGCCACUUCCACCACAGUUUUGUUACUCUGGAGUCGACGACACUGCUAUGGACAGGUGAUGAAGCUGAGAUUCUGCAACAGGUUGUGAACCAUCCAGCAAAAGCCAUGGGGCAAUUGAGCAGAUUUUGGUGGAAGUGGCUCAGGUUGAAAGUUCAGGUU